UAAUGGGCCAGCUAUUCCCGUCCGUCCGUCCGUCCGUUCAUCCGUCCGCCCGUCUCUCGGCAACAUCGAGAUUCCCGUCCGAGACGGGCCCCAGAUGGGCGCGAUGGACGAUAUGGGCGAUGUGGACAAGACGGGGAAAGUCCUUGGUUUCCGUCUGGCGAAAUCACCCUAUGAAGUCUUAGACAUCCUGGAGCAAUUUUCUUUGUUCCCACUUCGGGCUUUCCGCGGCCUUGUUUGGGUUUUGUUGUGCCAGAGUAGAGAGCUGAGUCCUUUCUCCUCUCAGGAACCGGCAAGCUUUCAAGGACAAAGAGCUUCACACAAGCGGCUGUUGCAUCCCACCCCAGGUCAAUCACCGGAACCUAUAUCCAGUGCUGUAGACAUGUAUGCGGAGAGAGGAGGCGGCAUCUUCCGUGGUUUUUGAUGAUGAUCUUGAUCAGUUUAUGCUUGACUAGAUCCUCUUUGUGUCUCUUUAUUUCUUUUUCCUUUUUUGCACUACCGGUG